GCGCAGCCAUGUCGGGCCCGGCGCGUGCGCGCCUUCUCGUGGUCCACAUCGUUUUCGCCACCCUUCUAGUACUUCAAUGGAUUCCAACUCCUGCUUCAGCUGUGGUGUGCAAUCAAACACGAUGCAACUGCGCCGGCCUAAAAGGGGAUCGAGGAGACAUUGGACCUCCAGGAAUAAUGGGAAUACAAGGCGAUUACGGAGAUGACGGUCCUGAAGGUCGCAUAGGCAUAACAGGAGAGCCAGGCGAAUGGGGAGAACGAGGUGAUAUGGGAGACAAAGGCGAAAGAGGAGUGGACGGGCCGUAUGGACUUCGGGGUGAAACUGGUCCACAGGGUCCUUCGGGUUUGUCAGGCGUCAGGGGUUUAGCUGGUUUAGACGGUUGCAGUGGGAUUGACGGUGAAAUAGGUCAACCUGGUCCGCAAGGUAUCCCGGGAGACAGAGGGUUGCCUGGUCCAUACGGUGAAAAAGGAUCACAAGGUUUGGCUGGUGAGGGAGGAGUUAACUCCCGUGGCGCCAAGGGUGACCAAGGUGAAUUCGGUCGCCGCGGUACCCCUGGAUCACCUGGACCAAUGGGUUGGAUAGGCGAUGGUGGAUUACCAGGAGAAACUGGCGAUCAGGGGCCUGCAGGUUUUCCUGGUCCUCCAGGAUAUAGAGGAGAUCCUGGCGAAGAUGUAGUUGGACCGCCUGGUGAGAAAGGAGACCAGGGAGAAAUUGGAGAACCAGGAAGACCAGCACAAACUAUUUAUAUUAUCGACGAACUUCAACAAAACGUCACAGUUUUAGCGAAAGGAAAUCGAGGCGACAAAGGCUUACGAGGUACGCAGGGGGUAAAAGGUGUCAAAGGAGAACUCGGUACAACUGGAGCACCGGGACCAUACGGUACACACGGGCCACAAGGUUUUAAGGGUGAUCAAGGUGAUAAUGGCCCCAGAGGAAAACCAGGUCAUCGAGGUAAAGAAGGUCCUCCAGGUUUUAAAGGAGACAAAGGUGCACCAGGUUAUGCAGGUUUAGAUGGUGAAGACGGAUUACCCGGUGAACUAGGAGAAGAUGGAAGGCCCGGAACUCCUGGUGAACAAGGAUUUAUGGGAGAGCCAGGAAUAUACGAUGAUAGAUUGAGUGAACCAUUAAGGCCGGGCUCAAUGGGUCCUCAAGGUCCAAUUGGUCCACCGGGACCGCAAGGCAAUCCAGGUCUUGAUGGUUCUAAGGGGCUACCCGGAAUUAUGGGUUCUCCCGGCUUACCAGGAACUAAAGGUUUUCCUGGACGUCCUGGUGUAAUAGGUAUAUCUCCUAAAGGUGAACCGGGAAACGAUGGCUUUAAAGGUUUACCUGGUAAUUACGGACCCCCUGGAUAUCCGGGUCUUCAAGGAAAAAUGGGACCAAAAGGUUUCAAAGGAACCACAGUCGUAGGCCCUGAUGGAGAAGAGGGAACACCAGGAACUGAUGGUGUUCCUGGUUUACGCGGUGACAGAGGAGAUGCAGGUUACCAGGGUCCACCAGGUUAUCCAGGCCGAGGUGUACAUGGCGUAGGACCACCGGGUGAGACAGGACCACCUGGUAGACCUGGUACUGCGGGCGACGGUGGACAGCCAGGUCGUCCAGGUUAUCAUGGACCUAAAGGAGAGCGUGGAGAUGACUGUCCAAUCUGUAGAUCAGGUCUACCAGGACCAAAGGGGCAAAGAGGUGAUGACGGCUUUCCUGGACAAAAAGGUUUUAUGGGAUUUGAGGGCUUACCAGGCCCUCGCGGUCAAAAAGGUUAUGCCGGAAUUGCAGGAAUGCCAGGCCCUAAAGGGCCUAAAGGAAAUAAAGGCCCGUCAGGAAUGGCAGGACCUCCUGGUCAAAAAGGACGCAAAGGUCGUUUACAACAUCCAGCUUACGCUCUAACUAUUGCGGAAUCUGGAACGAAAGGAGAGCAAGGUUUUAUUGGAGAACCAGGUCUUUCUGGUGAUGCCGGUUGGCCGGGUUUGCCUGGCGAUUACGGUAUGGCAGGGCUCAAAGGCCGUACAGGUGAUGACGGUCUUCCUGGUUUACCUGGAAGAAACGGAACACGAGGACGCGACGGAGCACCGGGUUGGCCGGGAAUGCGAGCCGAUAUUCCAUAUGCAUUCCUUACUGGACAAAAAGGAGACCGCGGAAUAAAGGGUGCAAUAGGCGAGCCUGGAGAUGACGGCUUAAAAGGAGAAAGCGGUGAAGCAAUUGGGUCCGAAAUAAACUCCAAAGGUUCUAAAGGAGACAUUGGUCCUGUCGGGCCUAUAGGUUUAAAAGGACGAAAAGGAGAAUUAGGUGAAAUGGGUUAUGAUGGAAUACCAGGGCAAAGGGGAGACGAAGGUGAUGUUGGUGUUACAGUCGAGGGUCCAAUUGGAACCAGAGGCUUCCCUGGUGAGAAGGGUGAUAUUGGUCCGUAUGGAGAACCAGGAAGUCAAGGAGCUAGAGGACCUACAGGAUUUCCAGCGCCAAGUGGCAAAAAGGGUUCAAGAGGAGAUGUUGGCCUAGCAACGAUCUAUGGUGAAAGAGGAUUCAACGGUUACCCUGGUGACACGGGAGAUAUGGGCGAACAAGGUUACCCUGGAACUCCAGGAGGAGCAGGCCCAAUGGGACCUAAAGGUGAAACAGGAUUGCCAGGUGAUGAGGGAUCACCUGGACCUAUGGGACCCCCAGGCCGUAAAGGUUUUCCCGGAAUAGAAAGGCAAGGAGCUCAGGGCAUGCCAGGUCAACCUGGUGCAAUGGGUGCUAUUGGACCCAUUGGACUUCCUGGUCUCCCGGGUUACCCUGGGUUGCAAGGAGAUGUUGGGCAAAAAGGCAUGAAAGGUGAAACUGGACGUAUCGGUUCAAGAGGAACAACUGGCGAGCGCGGUCAAAUAGGUUUUCCUGGUUUCCCAGGAUUGAUUGGCAGACCUGGAAGUCCAGGUGAAUUAGGAGACCGUGGAGAACCUGGAAGUCCCGGUUCUGUUGGUACGCCAGGGAGAAUUGGAUCACCAGGUUUACCAGGGCUUAAAGGAAUGAUGGGUACUGUUGGUAUGCCCGGACAAGUUGGUUUAGAUGGAUGGUCUGGUGUAAAAGGAGAAAUUGGAGAUAUCGGACUAAUUGGAUUGAAAGGUAUAAGAGGAGAUGAUGCUUUUGCUGCUGCGAAAGGUGAUUCAGGAGAUCGUGGCCGUGAUGGUAUACCCGGGAGACCAGGCUUACCAGGCUUAAGUGGUGAAAAAGGUGAACAAGGUAAAAGAGGUUUGGACAUAAAGGGCUACGACGGUGUAAAAGGACAGAGAGGCGAUCAAGGUAUAUAUGGAUUACCCGGACUCAAAGGUAUUAAAGGAGAAAUUGGUGAUUAUGGCGAGGACGGAAUGGCUGGCGAAAUGGGAGAUAAAGGAUACCCAGGCUAUCCAGGUAUUCCUGGAAGAUAUGGAUCUAACGGCCCUAAAGGAAUAUUGGGACCCAUAGGAGUUCCGGGUAAAACUGGUAUUAAAGGUGAAAGAGGAAUGGAUGGUGAACCUGGAAGAAUGGGUUUCCCCGGCUUACCAGGAGACAUUGGUUUCCCUGGUCCUGUAGGAAUUAUUGGCGAAUCUGGUAUUAAAGGAGUACAAGGAGAUAUUGGCCCAUCUUCGUAUUCUCCUGCAACCAAGGGCGAUAUGGGAGAUAUGGGUUUUGAGGGUGAUGCAGGUAUACGUGGACAAGUAGGUGAUGAUGGAUAUUUCGGUCUAAAAGGUCUUAAAGGUGAACGUGGCGAAGAAGGGCUACAAGGUGAAUUUGGAGACGAUGGUUUACCAGGCCAAAAAGGUUAUAGUGGUGAUGUUGGUCCACCUGGAUUGCCAGGUUUAGAUGGAUUUAAUGCUGAAUGGGGGCAAAAAGGAAAAGCAGGCAUAGAUGGGUUACCGGGAUGGCCAGGAAACAUGGGACAGAAAGGUGCACCUGGAGAAUACGGAAUUGAUGGCCCUAUAGGUUUACCUGGUCAGCCUGGACUAAGUUUCCAAGGGCCAAAGGGUAUGACAGGAAUGGAUGGAUGGCCAGGACGUCGCGGAAAUACUGGAAUUCCCGGACCACGCGGAAUAGAAGGUUUGCCUGGUUACACUGGCAUAAAAGGAGACUUGGGAGAACCUGGAUUUGCAGUCAGUCCUAAAGGUGAAACUGGACCAAGUGGUUUACCAGGUCUUUAUGGUAGAAAAGGUGAAAGCGGAGAUACUGGAGACUUUGGGAGGAAUGGUGUUCCUGGGCAACAGGGUGAAAAAGGCAUUAAAGGAGAAUGGGGUGAUGAAGGUGAACCAGGGCUACCAGGUUAUCCUGGACUUAAAGGGAAGAAGGGUGAUAGAGGUGAUACUGUUCUUCCAUCAGAUGUAGAGCCUGGCCCACAGGGUGACCUUGGUCCAGUUGGUUUUGAUGGUCGUCCGGGUAAUCCAGGUUUGCCAGGUGAUUUUGGAAUAAAUGGAUUACCAGGAUUAAAGGGAGAAAUGGGAGAUACUGGCAGUGCUGGUGUUGUUGGAUAUCCAGGCCCUCAAGGUGAACAGGGUGCAAUUGGUAUAAAAGGAAUGUCUGGAUUAGAAGGAGCACGUGGUACACCUGGUUCUCGUGGUCAACCCGCUCCGCCGCCACCAAUACCAAGAUCACGCGGUUAUUAUUUCACAGUUCAUUCUCAGUCUAGAAUGAUACCGCAGUGCCCGUCGGGUACUUCACCUUUAUGGGAUGGAUUUUCAUUACUUCACAUUGUAGCUAACGCCAAAGCUCAUGGGCAAGAUUUAGGUGCUCCCGGCAGCUGUCUCCGUAAAUUCUCUACGAUGCCGUUUAUGUUCUGUAAUAUUAAUAAUGUUUGCGACUUUGCUCAAAGGGAAGACUACAGUUUUUGGUUAUCUACACCAGAACCAAUGCCGAUGGCUAUGACACCAAUCAUGGCCCGGGAUGUGGGAUCAUAUAUUUCUAGAUGUCAAGUUUGUGAAUCGUCCACAAGAACGAUCGCCUUACAUAGUCAAAGCAAUACACCUCCUAGUUGUCCAGACGAGUGGGAAGAGCUUUGGGUUGGAUACAGCUUUUUAAUGCAUACAGCAGGACCAGAUGCAGCGGGACAAAGCUUAAUAUCCCCCGGAUCAUGUCUUCGUGAAUUUAGGACGCGACCUUUUAUAGAGUGCAAUGGCCUGGGUAGAUGCAAUUAUUUCGCUACAGCAGUCUCGUAUUGGUUAUCAACCAUAGACGACAACAGAAUGUUCUUACGUCCAGAACAACAAACUCUUAAAUUCGACCAAGUAUCUAAAGUUAGCAGAUGUGCUGUAUGUAUGAGGCGAAGACCAGGGGUGGCGACAGGCUAUGCGCACCCAACGAGCAGCGUUGAAGCUGUACCCAAUGCUGUAGUGCGAAGGACACAAUAUCCACUGAGAAAUCGACCCAACUUUAGAAGGAACAUACGCGGUAGACGUCGACAUUAAAUAGUGAAUAUUUUUCGUGGUGAUUUUGUAAAGCAAGAACAACUUGCAGUUUAGAUACACUGUAUAAUAAAAAUAGAUAGAUGUAUUCUAUGAAUAGAAUUUUUUGUUGCCAUAGAGCUUGAGACAAUCAGGUUUAGGAGGACGUAAAAAUAUAAUGAUCAUAUUAUUAUCACUGCCACUAAAACAAUUGUAGUAGGUAGGUUAAA